AUGGCGAUAAGGCACACGCCCACUCGUGGAAUAUAUACCCUUACCCCAACACACCUUGAUGGUCAUCUGCAAAUUCUAAAAUUUAAGGUUUCAAAAAUGGUUUCUGAAGCUACUGAUUCUGACAGUGAUCAUUUAAACGUGGUUGCCAGGUUGCAUCCCAAUAAAAAGAACCCUGGAAAAGUUCCAAAGAAAAUUCAUAAAGCGGAGAGGGAGAAGCUGAAACGAGACCACAUGAAUGUUCUAUUCUCGGAGCUAGGCAAAGCUCUUGAACCAGAAUAUCCGAACAAUGGAAAGGCUUGUAUACUAAAAGAUACCAUUCGACUAAUGGGAGAAUUGCUUACACAGGUCGAUAGUCUUAAAAAGGAGCACGCUACUCUAUUGUCUGAAUCUAAUUAUGUUACAACUGAGAAAAACGAGCUCAAUGAGGAAAAUUCUGCCCUUGAAGCACAAAUUAAGAGGCUGCAGUGUCAAAUAGAGGAAAAGGUUCAUUUGCAGAACGCAAGUAUUUCUCAACCGGAGAACAACACUAUUGUACAACUGCCAGAAGAUCAUCCCACAUUCCCUCUAGCUGGCCAUGCAUCACAGGCGACGUCAAUUCUGGGUCCUGUAUACGUCAUGCCGCUACAUCCUGACUCCCAACUGUAUGCCGGGUCGGGGUCCCAUGCCCAUGUGAAUCUACCUACUCCACCAUCGAAUGUGAGCAAACCGCGCCCUCGUUAUCCUUCAUCUUCGGAUUCUUGGCCGUCUAAUGUUCUCACCAAACAGCCAAAUGUUUCAACUGCUGUUGUUGAGCCUUACAACUCUGUGCUUUCGACUCAUUCUCUUUUGGAGCACACUGAUGUUGCUGUGCUUCUUGAUAAUGAGGCUAUAUAUGAUAUCUGCCGCAAAUCACUUGACAUUGAAAGGCCAACUUAUACUAACCUCAACAGGCUCAUUUCUCAGGUGAUUUCUUCAUUGACAGCAUCUCUACGAUUUGAUGGGGCUUUGAAUGUUGAUGUGAAUGAGUUCCAGACUAAUUUGGUUCCCUAUCCUAGGAUCCACUUCAUGCUUUCAUCAUAUGCCCCAGUUAUCUCUGCUGAAAAGGCCUACCACGAGCAGCUAUCUGUUGCUGAAAUCACUAACACUGCUUUUGAGCCAUCAUCUAUGAUGGUGAAAUGUGAUCCACGCCAUGGAAAAUACAUGGCUUGUUGUUUGAUGUACCGUGGUGAUGUUGUCCCAAAGGAUGUUAAUGCAGCCGUGGCCACUAUCAAGACUAAGAGGACUAUCCAGUUUGUUGACUGGUGCCCAACAGGAUUCAAGUGUGGUAUUAAUUACCAGCCACCUACAGUUGUGCCCGGUGGUGAUUUGGCCAGGGUUCAACGUGCUGUUUGUAUGAUUUCCAACUCGACUAGUGUGGCAGAAGUUUUCUCAAGAAUUGACCACAAGUUUGAUCUGAUGUAUGCUAAGCGUGCUUUUGUGCACUGGUACGUUGGAGAGGGUAUGGAGGAAGGUGAAUUUUCUGAGGCGAGAGAGGAUCUUGCUGCUUUGGAGAAGGACUAUGAGGAAGUUGGUGCUGAGUCAGCUGAAGGCGAUGAAGAUGAGGGUGAAGAUUACUAG